GCCCGCAGCCCGGCCCGCGCGGGGAGCGCCGCCGCCGUGGUCGCCGCCGCCAGGCCGCGCCCCGCCCCCGCCGCUGCCGGGGAGGCUCGCGCUCGAGCUGCGGCGCCGGCCCCGCCGCCUGGGCCCCGGCCCGGCCCCUCCCGCGCCGCCCGGGCGAUGAGAAGCUGCUUCUGCGUGAGACGGAGCCGGGACCCGCCGCCGCCCCAGCGGGGAACAGACAAGUCCACCAUGCCUGAAGUCAGAGACCUUUCAGAAGCCUUGCCGGAGACGCCCAUGGACCCCAUCACAGGCGUGGGGGUGGUGGCUUCGCGGAACCGCGCCCCGACAGGCUACGAUGUAGUCGCACAGACAGCAGAUGGUGUGGAUGCUGACCUCUGGAAAGACGGCUUGUUUAAAUCCAAGGUUACCAGAUACCUGUGCUUCACAAGAUCAUUUUCCAAAGAAAAUAGUCAUUUAGGGAACGUGUUGGUGGACAUGAAGCUCAUUGACAUCAAGGACACUCUGCCUGUGGGCUUCAUCCCGAUCCAGGAGACGGUGGACACACAGGAAGUGGCUUUUAGAAAGAAGAGGCUGUGCAUUAAAUUCAUCCCCCGGGAUUCCACGGAGGCGGCGAUCUGUGACAUCCGGAUCAUGGGCCGGACCAAGCAGGCCCCCCCGCAGUACACGUUCAUUGGGGAACUGAACAGCAUGGGGAUCUGGUAUCGAAUGGGCAGAGUUCCAAGAAACCAUGACUCAUCUCAACCCACAACACCUUCCCAGUCGUCAGCUGCUUCCACCCCAGCCCCCAGCCUUCCCAGGCACAUCUCCCUGACGCUGCCCGCCACCUUCCGGGGCAGGAGCAGCACGCGGGCUGACUACGAGUACCAGCACUCCAACCUGUACGCCAUCUCAGCAAUGGAUGGUGUGCCUUUUAUGAUUUCGGAGAAGUUUUCUUGUGUUCCAGAAAGUAUGCAGCCCUUUGACCUGCUGGGAAUCACCAUCAAGUCUCUGGCGGAGAUAGAGAAAGAGUACGAGUACAGCUUCCGCACCGAGCAGAGCGCCGCCGCCAGGCUCCCGCCCAGCCCCACGCGCUGCCAGCAGAUCCCGCAGUCCUGAGGGCCCAGCUGCCUCCUGCCUCCUGCGGGGAGAGACGCAUCGCCCCGGCCCGAGUGCCCGCCUCACCCGCCCCCUCCGCCGCCCUCCACUGCCCCACCGGCUCGGCGGGGCGACUCGGGCAGCUGAGCUCUCCCUCCUGGUCAUCAGCUUGCCUGACAUGACGCCCCCUCCCUAGGGACAUUCAUAACCUCGACUAACCUGUGUGUGCCGGAGCGACGGCUCCUGACGUGUCCGUGUGAGGAGCAGUCGUCCUUAAACAGCCCUGCACCCGGGGCCACCAGUGACUCCCUUCCCUCCUGUCGCUGCCGCCAGCCACUGCCCCUCCUGGGAGACCCGGGCGGCUCCCAUCACCCAUCAGGCGGCUGGAGCAAGGCCCCCAGCCCCACUGCAUCAGGGGCCCCAGCAUCUCACCACGGCCCUGCCCAAGGAGGAAGAGCUGGUGGCCCAGGUGGACCGCGCCUGGCUCCCCACCCGCUGUGAGCAUCCGAGCUGGGACUCGGCACUGGAUCCGCACGGACGCCCUGAGGUCAGGGGCAGCGUGCCCGGCGCUCCCUGCCCAGGACGCUGUGCUCACCACCUCACACCCACGUCCCCCCAAAGGGCUCGUCUCUGCAGUGCCCACGUGCCAUCAGCAGUGCCAACUGCCUCUGCCCGGUGCCUGACCCGGGACCACAGCCACUGGCCUCCCAGGUCGUCGAGGAAAGAGGCUCUGGGCAGGGCCGGCCGCGUCCCGCCUGCCUCCGCUCACAGGAACAGCUGUUGGGAACAGUCCGUCUGACCCUGGUCGUCGAACCGGGACCGGCACUGACCUUUCUGCCACGAGUGGCCAGUGGACACAGCGCCGCUGCGGAGUCCACCUCGACGCGCAUCUGCCGUGAGCACGGGGUCCGCUGUGCCUGGAGCAGUGAGGGGCCCACCAAGACAGCAGCACGGGGGGGGGGGGGGGGCCCACCAGGGACAGACCUUCUUCCCUGUCCCCGGGAGGGCACAGGGUGACGGUGCCACAGGAGCCAGCGCCAUUAGGAAGCAGGGCCGGCGAAAAAUACCUCACGCACCUGUCCCCCCCACCCCCAGGCCCUCGCCGCCUGCCCCUGGGCCACCCCCUGGGUCUUCACUGUAAUACCUCCUGCUUUCUGGGCAUCGGGGUGUGGUUGCCUGGCCUCCCCAAAACCUGAGGACACCCCUGGUGAGACCGGCCUUCCCGUGCCUCCCUCGCGGCCAGGUGGCAGGAGCCGCAGUGCGUGGAGCCCGCAGGGCCCCGGGCCUUGGGAUUGGUGCUUACCCAGGGCCCGAGAGCUGCCGGGCUCAGUGUGCCGCAGGCAUGAGCUCGUUGCGUUUAGAGGAGUUAGGGGAGCCCCAGGCCCGGAAAACGUGUGUACUGCUGCUUUGUGGUGGCGGCUGGUUCAGAACCAGGUGACCUGUGUAACUUGAAGGCCGACAGACGGUGGCGUCCAGCAGGCGGGGGGCAGAGGCGGGGGGGGAGGCAGAGCCCCGAUUCCUCCUGUGGCUCCCGUGGCCAGUGCGCUCUGGCCUUCGACCUUUCUCACGCCUGGUUGGGAGAUUAUCUCGACCAGGAGCACCCGGCAGCCCCUCUCCCUUGACUGACAUCUCAGCCGCUCUGCUGGGACCUGGGUGAGGGCGGCCAUCAGUGGAAGGGGAGGGGUGACCACAGCUCCCUGACCACGCCCCUGGGGGGCCACCUGGCAGAGGCGAGCGGAGAGCCCUCCCGCAUCGCAGACCUGGUCUAGGGCGUGGCCUCGCCUGAACAUCGCGAUCAACGUGGCCUGGACCGGGGUGACCGUUAGUAGCUGGUGGUGGCUUCCAGGCUGCUCCCAACCCUGCUGCUUUGCCUCGUGACGGGGUGCGGAUGAGCAGGUGUGGGGGUGACAAGGCUCGGAGCCGGGCUCUGGCUCACACCUACCAGCUUCUUCCUGGAGGGCACUCUUCUCGACAAACCCGCUGCCCAGGGGGAGGGGGAGGGAGGGGGAGGAGGGGGAGGCUCUGUUGGAAAGGUGAAGGCAGCGGCCCUCCCUCCGCCCCGGCCCCUCGUCCCUCUGAGAAGACUGAGCGAGCACAGCGCCCCCUUCCUUCUCUUCCCUCUGACAUUCGUCUCUCCACGGCCUUGGAGGUGGCACAUGACGAGGAGGAAGUACCUGCUGCAGGUUCUCUUGUAAAUUUAUAAGCAGCUUCUACCCGACCCGAGUCCAAGAGCUGAUGUUGGCCACGACCCUCCUCCACUUGGUGAGGGAGGAACCCGCCUGCGGAAGAAAUAGCAGGUUAGACCCCAGGCUCCCGGCUGCGUCUCGUCCCCCACCCCUGCCCAGGAGGCUGGUGGUGAGGAGCCGCGGGGUUGGUUGGGGACCACCCCGUCCUUCAGGGAGGGGCGGGCGCAGGGCGACAAGCGGAACUCGGCGCACUAAGCCCAUCCUCCUUGCCAGGCCUCAGGCCGGCACCUUAAGCACAUUUCUCCCGUCAUUCCCCCUCGAAAAGCAAACACCCAGAUGUGGGCGCUGUUCGCUCCGUCAGAUGGAGGAGCCCAGACUUGUCCAAGGGCACAAGGCUGGUGAGUGGCAGAGACGGGUUUGGAGCCGUGUCGUUGGCCCCAGAGCCGCGGUGCCAGCCCUCCCACCAUAAGCACACGCCUCGGAGCAGGGCCAGGGGCGAGCUGGCUACCCCGCACUUGCCAUCUGUGGGGAGGCCCAGCCCACAGCUCCUUGGAGACCAGGGACCCCGAGGGCGAGGGCAGAGGGGCCUCCAGGCGCACAGGCUGAGCGGUUCGAAGGCUCCCGGUCUGCUGUGCCCGGAGGCCUGCAGGCGCCCGGGGGUCAGCCAGCUUUCUUCGCCUGUUGUAAACGUGGCCUCGGCCGCCAGGGCUGUCACCACCCUGAGCCGGGCCUGCCCUCCCAGCAAAGGUGCGAGCUGCCCCGUGUGCCGAGGCCACUGCACUCCCCGCAGGAACCUGUUCUCGCCGCGCGUAUUUAUUCGAGGCGACUCCUGCGGUUGACAAAGGGAAGUUUCACUGUGUGAUCGUCUGUCUCUUAAUAUAAUUUGUUAAAUAAAUGUUUUGACCUUU